AUGUCUCGCUCGCAGUAUGUCACACCAAAGUCUAAAACUCCUCGAGUUAGAUCAGUGGGAUUGCCGUUAAAAUCUGUUCCUGAAGAACAGGAAACCAUGGCCACCGAUGGCGUAAAUUCAACACAUCAAUUUGUAAACAACGAGAAAAUGGUUCUCCCUCCAUCGGAGUUUCCAACCCUGAACUCGCGCCGUGACAGCUCUCUAAAGAACCACUGGUACGUCGAUAUUGUCCAGCGGCUGGAGGACUUAAGUUGGAGUUAUCAGACAAUGGAGGUGGAGUAUGCUUUUCUGGAGAAGCUCAUGGCAGAACAAAAAGAGGAUCUGAAAAAAGCACAAAGCUGGAACAAUCGUCUCAGAAAUCAGCAAAGAGCGAAGAUUGUCCACUAA